AUGGAGCCGCAGAUCCCGCUAGGAAGCUCUCACUUGCACCGGGAGGCCAUGCCGGGGGAAAGGCAGCCCCACCACUUCGGCCUCUGCGGGAGCUUGGAGACCCCCAGCUUCUUCCCCUCUUCCUUCCCACCGGAGAUGGUGGAGAUGGGCGAAGAGGAGGAAGCGCAGGACCGGGUUCUUGCCGCCACCGUGAACCACCGCGAGGCCGAGAGGCGGCGGCGCGAGCGGAUUAAGCUCCACCUCGACCGCCUCCGCUCCAUCCUCUCCUGCGAUGCCAAGGUGCUUCCUCUCUCUGUCUCUCUCUCUCUCUCUCUCUCCCCCCCCCCCCCUCUAUCUAUAUUUCUCCCAUGCACCCCCAGGGGUUCCCCAGUACGAGGAAGGCGAAGGAGAAAGAUGUUCUUCACACUUUGCUUGAGGAAGAUUUUGAUUAGUAUGUUCAUACUCUUUCGUAAACUCUGAAGAAUCCUCGAUGGGAUUCUUCAGAAUUCAUGAAAUAUGUUUUUUUUCUUGAAAGGAAGAUUACGUGCAGGAAAACCAUCCAAACAUACCCAUGAUCCAGAGAAAGGAUAUUUUCUACAAAUUGUUCUUCAAAUUUCUCCUCUCUUUUCCCUUUUUUUCUUGUGGGAGUUGAAACGGAGAAAGCAGUAGGAGUCAAGCUCCCCGUGUGCAGUAACCAGAUUAGUCCGAGAAUAUAAGUAGGAAUUCAGUAACUAGAACAUAUUAAACUUCUUGAGAGCCCGUUUGGAAUACAUCAUGUGAUGUGAUUCGUUUCUCUUCCGAUCUCUCUCUCCCUCCCCUCGCCCUCCUCCUUCUUCUCCGUCUUCGUCUUCUGCUUCUGUUCAGGUCGAGAAGGCUUCUCUACUGGCGAAGGCUGUGGAGCACGUCAAGGACCUGAAGCAGCGCGCCGCCGAGGUCGGGGACAUGGACGACCGCCUCCCCACCGAGUCCGACGAGGUCUCUGUACACGCAGCGGACUUACCCGCCGCCGCCGGCGGCGGAGUGAGGAGGCCCAUCCUGAAGGCCUCCCUUUGCUGCGAGGACCGUUCUGGGUUGCUGCCGGAGCUGGCGGAGACGCUCAAGUCGCUGAGCCUCCGCAUACUCCGGGCCGAGAUCUCCACCGUCGGCGGAAGGGUCCGGAACGUCCUCGUCGUCGCCGCCGAGGACGGCGGCGCACCGGCGGCGUUUCUGGCGGACGCCCUGAAGGCCCUGGCCGGCGGAGCCGGCGGCAUGGAUCGCUCCAAGAGGAGACGACGGCUCUUGGGAAGGAGUGCAACCACGGGCUAA